UGAAAUUCCGAGAACCAAGCAUUUGUGUCUGGUUCGAUGUAGAAAAAGUAUUCUGUUCUGUAGCAGAACGUGGCAAUCCUCCACGUGUGGCGACAAAACUCUUUCGUUUACUAUUCUUCCUUUCCCUCCAUUUGCUCUCCUUUUCAUUUCCGAUUUCUUCUUCCCCAAUUCAAUUCUUUUGUGAUGAUGGCUGAAGUCUCUGCUUUGUGUUUCUCUUCUUUGUCUUCACUUCCUUCUAUUUCUCGCUGUCAAAGAAUGGAACCUAUUUCCUUCAUUUCUCCGUCUUUUCUUUCUCGGCCCCACUCUCGUUUUCUUCGAUUCACAUCCCCCAAAGCUUCUUCUGAUUCUUCUUCCGGCUUCCUCGGCGAUGAUUCUUUUAAUUUUUUCCCUUGGGCUGACGGUCACGGCGGAAUUCAAUGGGUGCAAGAGGAGAGAGUAACGCUGUUUACUGCUGACGGGCUCAUUCAGAUUGGAGGCUCAAUGGUCCCUCGACGUGUCACUUCUGAUAAGAAUCAGGGGAGAUCAAAAGCCUCCCAAAAUUUUCAGCGUUUUCAAGAGAGUGAUUACAUGGAUCCAAACCAGAGUCUGUGCCUAGGUGCGCUCUUCGAUAUUGCGGCAACAAAUGGACUUAAUACUGGCAGACGGCUUUGUAUCUUUGGUUUUUGCCGAUCCAUUGAAAUGCUAAGUGAUGUUGUGGAAGAUACAGUUUUGGAGCAUGGUGGCGAGAUAGUUGCUGCGGAGAAGGCAAGCAAAGGUGGUUUGCACGAAAAGUUAACCAUGACUGUUGCAGUGCCAUACCUGUGGGGUGUUCCUCCUGCUUCUGAAACACUUCAUCUAGCUGUUCAGAGUGGGGGAGGGAUUGUGGAGAAAAUUUAUUGGCAAUGGGAUUUUUUGUAAAUAAAUUGUCAAAUUCUAUUGAUGACCCUCAACUGUGCAUUCUGUACAUAAACUGUUGUACUCCAAUUCAAUGUAUAAAAUUCAUCUCUUUUAUUUUA